UCACUCCUCAAGGUCAGCUGAUUGUUUAAGGGGCGUGGCCAAAAGGCCUCGCUCUAACGCCGUCUGAUGCUGUCAAGAGUCGAUUAGCAAGAUGAGCACACACACAUAAGGCUCUACGUCACCUUGUGGCUCACUGUCAGGCGGAACAUAAAACGCGUUUAUAUUAUAUAAUAUUUCUCUACCUUUUAACUCAUGAAUACCGGCUGUUAUGUGUCGGUGUUGUGGACAUAGAACGUAGUAGCUAGCUAAAUUGCGAGCUAACCGGGCCGGGUAUCGCUGGCUGUGUGUGUGUGCAUCCUCCAUGCACACAGGAGCAUACAUGUGUCACAAGCACGGUCGUGGUGUGGGUGAUCCAGACUCCGGCGACGAUGCGCAAGGACGUGAGGAUCUUACUUGUUGGAGAGCCCAAAGUGGGAAAGACGUCUCUGAUCAUGUCUCUGGUCAGCGAGGAGUUCCCAACUGUGGUGCCGUACCGAGCUGAGGAGAUCACCAUACCUGCAGAUGUCACUCCAGAGAGAGUCCCCACACACAUCGUGGACUAUUCAGAAGUGGAGCAGACAGACGAGCAGUUGUUUCAGGAGAUCUCCAAGGCAAAUGUGAUAUGCAUUGUGUACUCCGUCAACAACAAGACAUCCAUAGAGAAGGUCACCAGCUACUGGAUCCCCCUCAUUACUGACAACACUGACAAGGACAGCAGGGUUCCUCUCAUCCUGGUGGGAAACAAAUCGGACCUGGUGGAGCACAGCAGCAUGGAGACCAUCCUGCCCAUUAUGAACCAGUACAGUGAGAUUGAGACCUGUGUCGAGUGCUCAGCAAAGAAUCUGAAGAACAUCUCAGAACUGUUUUACUAUGCCCAAAAGGCAGUUCUCCACCCCACAGGUCCCCUCUACUGUCCUGAGAAUAAAGAUAUGAAGCCACUUUGUGUAAAAGCGCUCACUCGAAUCUUCAAAGUGUCCGAUUUGGACAACGACGGGAUUCUCAACGAUAAUGAGCUCAACCUCUUCCAGAGAACAUGCUUCAACAUGCCACUGGAGCCGCAAGCAUUGGAGGACGUCAAAAACGUUGUGAGGAAGAAUAUGACUGAUGGUGUAUGUCACAACGGCCUCACUCUGAAAGGCUUCCUGUUCCUUCAUACCCUGUUCAUCCAGCGAGGUCGCCACGAAACCACGUGGACGGUACUGAGGAGGUUCGGAUAUGAUGACGACCUGGAGCUCAAUCAAGAUUACCUCUUCCCUCCGCUGAAAAUUCCUCCUGACUGCACCACAGAGCUCAACCACACUGCCUACCUCUUUCUCCAGAGUGUUUUUGACAAGCAUGACAAGGACCGUGACUGCGCCUUGUCACCUGAGGAGCUGAGCGACUUGUUUGACGUUUUUCCCUACAUGCCCUGGGGUCCUGACGUCAACAACACCGUCUGCACCAAUGACCAGGGCUGGAUCACGUACCAGGGAUAUCUCUCACAGUGGACGUUAACAACUUAUCUGGACGUCCAGCGUUGCCUGGAGUAUUUGGCCUACCUUGGCUAUUCAAUCAUUGCUGAACAAGAGUCCCAAGCAGCAGCCAUUACAGUGACCAGAGAUAAGAAGAUUGACUUGCAGAAGAAGCAGACUCAACGCGGCGUCUUCCGAUGCAACGUCUUUGGAGAUGUUGGCAGCGGCAAGAGCGGCUUCCUCCAAGCUUUCCUGGGGAGAAACCUGAUGCAAAACAAGAUCAGAGAGGAACACAGAUCUUACUACGCCAUCAGCACAACUUAUGUUUACGGUCAGGAGAAAUACCUUCUACUGCAUGAAGUGUUCCCUGACUUUGACUACCUGUCUGACGGCGACCUGGCCUGUGACAUCGUCUGCUUGGUGUAUGACGUCAGCAACCCUUACUCCUUCGAUUACUGCGCCAAAGUCUUCAAGCAGUACUUCAUGGACUGCAAGAUCCCGUGCAUGAUGAUAGCGGCCAAGUCAGAUCUACCCGAGACCAAACAGUUCUACACAUGCAGUCCUUUGGAGUUCUGUCGGAGGCACAAAAUGCCGCCUCCGCAGUCGUUCACCUGUAACACUGCAGGGGCGCCCAGCAAAGACAUUUACACCAAACUCACCACCAUGGCUGUGUACCCCCACGCACGACUGCGCUGCAUGUGCACAUGUAACCGGUGCACCUUCUGCUUGUGUCAGAACUUCCUCAACUCUGAGCUGCUGCAGACGGUCAGAGCCAAACUCCAUGCUGUUGUUCUGCACAGACACAUGAGCCAGGCAGACCUGAAGAGCUCUACCUUCUGGCUGAGGGCGAGCAUCGGUGCCACAGUGUUUGCCGUCCUGGGCUUUGCCAUGUACAGAGUUCUGCUCAAAGCACGGUGAUCACUCUUAUUACCACCCGAAGCAUACUAUGGAGAUUUUGGACAAUUGUUUGCGUUCAUGUCCAUCAAACACUUUUGAGAUGAGCUCGAACAGAGACGGCGACCUCACACUCAAACCAACAUCUUGUAGAAAGUCUUUCCAGAAGAGUAGAAGCUGUUGAAGCUGCAAAUAAGGGGCAGCAACUCCAUCUUGUCCUAAAACGUUUGUCCAUAUAGUGUAAUCUGUAACCCUUACCAACUUUUCACUCCAAAUUAUACACUGUUCUUCAGUGUGACAAGUUGCAAUAUUCAUUCAUUUUCUAUUUCAAAGAGUAAUUUUGCUUUAAUGUGCUUGGCUGCAAAAAAAAAAGGAUAAUAUGUUUAUGCUGGAAGAUAGUGGAAGCUGCUGAUAAAUUAGAGUGAAUGGUACAUAAAUGGCUAUUUUUUUGGUUGCAAUUGUCAAGAUCUGUGAGAGAAGCAAUAUUUAGGUUAGCUAUAGUGUACAUACUGUAAAUAACAUAGUGCGUGUGUUUGACAGUACGAGUUUUGCCUUCCACGGCCAAAUGUGCGGCUGCACAUUGUUUGAACAUGUGGGCAGGUUAGGAUGCAUUGCAUUCAGCAACACUCGUUUGCAUGUUUCAUCAUCUUUGGCCACAUUCUCGUCAAUGUUUGUCACCAUUACUACAUGCUCAUGUCAUGUCAAAAACGUCUUAGACGGGUGUCCAAACAUUUUCCAACAAUGGGUGUAUGCGGAUUAAUUGAUGGAUGGGUGGGGGCAGUUUUCGACAUUAAAGAUUCUAAAAGCAAUGUAAUGCUGAACUAUCUGAACAAAACAUCCACAUCUUAGAAUCGAGUUAUAGGUAUCAGGGCAAAUUAUUAUUACAAUAUACAGAAUUAGAAUUACAACAUACCGAAGGCCAGAAGUAGCACUUUGGACACCCCUGUCUGAGACACUCCAUUGAAAUCCCAGCUUCUAGUUAUGUAUAAUGCAAAAGAUGCAAUCAAUGUGCAACCACUUGCAAGAAGGUGUAUUUGGAUGGAUUGGAUUAUUUUGGGGGGUGGGGGGGGCGCAGAUUGACAAUAAAUAUGCAUGCCAUCUGGUUUGAUAACAUAUUCUUGUCUAUUUUAAUUGUGUCUCAAGUCGAUAUUUCAUAGGUGCCUUGUUCUCCUGCUCAAAGAACGACCUAUUGACGGAAAUACGAGCCGCUAGAAGUCCUAUAUUUGGGGUCUGAAGGUUCAUACAUGCAAACCAACAGGUGGCGCCAAAGUACUUCUCCCCAAGAGACUCUUGUUUUAUUAUAAUGAGCCUGUUGUUGCUUCAGUGAGAUUAAGAACACAAUUAUCAUCAUAUGCGUCAUAGCGUGGAUGAGUGCCAGAGUGGUUCAUUCCAACAGAGGGGGCAUCAUUGCAGAAAUACGAAAAAAUCUACAGUCCCUCCCCAUGUUACUCAUAAUUCACUAGCUCUCUCAAUUAACCUGCUGUUUUUACAGUAUGUAAAGGUAUUUUAGUGUCUCUUAAGUACUGUGCCAUUGUUUUCAUUGUUGAAUUUUAACCCUUUUCAGCACAGGCAUUCAAAGUCGGGGGGGGGGGGCAGCAUGAGUGGCCGACAGCUCAUUCUUUUUUGGCCCGCAGCAUAUUCUAAACACAAAAUUAGACACGGCCUCACAUCAAAACAAUUACAAACUAUUUGCUUCGUUUCCUAUAACCAGAGCCAGCCCCACCCAAAGCGGCGCCUGAGGCAAGAUUUUAUAUUACAUUCAUUUACAUGGUUAUAUGUAUGUAUGCAAAACUAUGUACAAAAAUGAUGGGGUCAGGGAAACUUAUUUGUUAUCCUUUGUAGUACAGUACAGUUGUUCCAGUUGUCACUGGUUCCAGAACUGACCACGAUAAAACAAUUUCAACGAUAUAGGAUUCAAUGUUAGUAAAUGCAAUAUUUUUGUAGUCAGAGCAUUGAAAACCUGUUUCUGACUUUCUAAAUACGGUUUUUAACAUAAUUAGAGCCCUGUAGACAUUAAAUAACACCCAUUUCGUCACCUUUACACUCCUAUUAUUCUUUGUUUACAACACAUUGCUCAACACAUGCUGCAGUGACUCGAGACGUCCGCUAUGUAGCGAGCAAACCAGUUAGCCUCAUUUCUUCUAAACUUAAGAAGCCAACAGCUUACCACUUCCACACGGAAUGGGAGGAGUCUUUUUUUCCACUUUAUCAAGUCGGACAUGCCAUGGCUGACUUCAUGCAGUGUUAAGGUAAUGUCAUGUAAGGUAAUGUCUGAAUGUUUUGUGUCGUUAUUGCCACUUAGUGACCAGAAUACAAUAUAAUAGACCAUAGUCUACCAUGAAACAGCAAUCAUAUAUUAAUUCAUUUCUGAAAAACUGCGAUGUAGUGAGGGAGCAAUAAUCGAACCACGAUGUUGCGAGGGAUGACUUGGAAUAUUAAUUGUGCAUUGUUUUACAUUUGAGUCAAUGUGAACAUUUUCACUUUAAGAGUUAAUAGUCAUAAAAGUUUUAAUAGAAUUAUAUUAAAGGGAAUUGUUUUUUUUGUGUGCACCCUCUGGAAGCUACAGUGCCUGUCAUUACCCAAUUCGUCCACAACAGCGCUUCUGUGACAUCACGUGCUGUGGUAGUCAUUGUUUUUUAAAUGUAUGAACAUAAAUGGUCAAUAACCAUACUUCCUGUAUGUAAUACAUUAGGGGGUUCAUUUAAUAGUGACUCUUAUUAAAAUACUUUGUUAGCAUGCGGAUGCAUCUAUCGUCUUUAUUUACCAACACUGUGCUACGUAAUAACUUGCGCAAUAAACGUAGCGCAGACGUAAACGUCAUAUCUGGUCACGUAUAACAUACGCAAAUACAAUAAUAGUUGGAUUUUAUAGUUUUUUUCUAAACGGAGAAAUACCAUCCAUCCAAAUGUCUUGCUAGAAAAUGCUUUUCUCUAUUUUUCAGUCGUGAAAAAAUCUUAAAAUAAUUCAUGGAACCAAGAAAAGAGUGCUUAUAAUUUACCCACUUGCACCAUGGAUGUGAUAUAAGAAAAAAAAAAUCAAUUAUGUUGUAAUUUCUCAAAUCUUAACAACGUUUUUUGGGAGUGGGGGGGUGACUGCUACUGUAAAAUAGAUCAACAGAUGGCAUAGAUUACACAUGCCUAACGUGACUGCUAGAAAAUAGACCAACCGGAUGUAGACGCACUCUGCACAUGCAUAGAGCCAAUUGCGUUUCCGGUACGGAUUGCGCAGUGACAGUGCCCUUAGCAUCUCCCUAUAUUGCCUAAUGGACCAGCCGGCUCUACCCUUGACCUGCGUUGCAUUGAUUUGAGCAUAAUUAAGUAACAAAAGCUGAAAACUAUCAAACAAAGAAGUAGUUCCAGGGACUACAUUCACGCCUAUGGACAAUUUAGAGCAGGGGUGGGCAAACUUUUUCACUGGCGGGCCGCAGUGAGUUAACAAAGUCGGGCUGGGGGCCAGACUAUAUAUUUGAUAGAUGCCCACUAGUUUAAUCUUAUAAUUCUAACAGUCCACCUGGAAUUAUUUGUCUUAUUUUAUCUGUAAACGUGUCAUACAAUCUCUUCUUUGCACAUGUGUCCCUUUUUUCAGGAGCACUUUAAACGUCAGACCACAUCAAAUAAUGAAAUUGAAUUUUCCUUUUUUUUUUUUUUUUUUUUUUUUUACAGAAUAAAACGUCCUGAAUGUACAUGAAUAAAGGAUGUGUGAUAUACAAUAUGAACUAUGAACGAUAAAACAUCGACUAUUAAAGAGUAUGUGAACGUCCCUCUUGUGUUCCCAGACAGUGCAGUGGGUAGGUUCAAAUUGUGUCACACAUUUGUUGACCUGUGUUUGUUUGGCACCAUGGCUGAUGUAGUUGUAAGGAUCACUCCAUGUGAAAAGCUACUUAAACCAUCAAAAGGUUGUCUCUGAGUGACUGCGUAUGACUACUUUCAAGUCAUGUUGCCAGCUUUUAUGUUAAAACAGGGGUGUCAAACUCG